GAAUUUUUCAUUGCUAGAGAAAUGGGGCUUUAAGUACAAUUUCCUUUUACGGUCAAGUCAUACUGUAAUAAGUCGCGAACUACUGGAGCACGAGCGAGGCACACCGGUUGGCCGGUGCCGUUGCGUGCUUCCGUGUCACUUCCGUGUUCGUCUGUGGAAAACAAGAAGUUUUCACCGGAGGGAUACGUCCGGACUGCUGACUCUAUUGGGCCGAAUUUCAAUGGUGGGGCCACAAAUCUAAUUCCUCGUUCAUCGCUCCGAGCUGACAUAGUUGAGAGCCAUGGAUGACGGCCGAGAAGACGAGAAGAAAGAAGGCGAGCAGGAGCCUCAGGGUGCCGUGGGUGGGGAAGAUGUCAUCGAUGAUCCCAUCCUGGAGCAAGGAGCAGUGAUCCUCAGAGGGUAUGUGGUUGAUCGUAUAAACACAGAGGACCCUGGUCGACAUGUCUCCUCCGAGGAUCUUGGAGGAAGGCCCAAUGAAUUACAGGAUCCACAAGUCAAAGAAGUGGUGGACCAGCUGAUCAAGAUAGCAGAUGAGCUGAACAGGAACGCUGAGCUCCAACAGCUGAUCAACCAGGUGCAGGGGGACUGUGCUCAGGACAUCUUCAUGAAAGUGGCCAGGAACAUCUUUGCUGAUGGCAUCAACUGGGGUCGAGUGGUGGCUCUCUUCCAUCUGGCCUACAGGCUGAUAUACAGGGCACUGACCUCCAACCAUCUAGACACCAUCAGGACGGUCAUCAGCUGGGUUCUCCAGGUUAUCAAGGAUCUGCUCUACUCCUGGCUCAUACAGCAGGGAGGCUGGGUGGGCGUGAUCCGUGGCAUUUCUCGGUGGAGGACAGUAGCCAUAGUGGCAUCACUAGUAUUGGUGGCAACUUUUGUUUACUAUAGGAAGACACGCUGAGACCAUCAGACCUCCCAGCCUCCCAACCAGGACGGCAGUCACUCUCCUGGUUAGAUGUAGCUUGUUAAGACAUUUUCUGGACAAUAAUAACAACCACUCCUCAGCCUCCAUCUUACUAAUCAGAGGUCUACUUUGUACCUAGAGGGGGAAAGCCUCCUCUCUUCUCAGGUUUCCAAAAACACAAGAAGUGCAUUUAAAGCCAGCCGUCCACCUGGCCACUGUCUUCCUUCACCAGCAGCUAUUUAGUUACCCUUCAUGGAUUCAUCCUGCCUUUGGAGCAAACCAGGUCUGUGCCUUUUUUUUUUUUUUAUAAAUGUGCAUGGCUGCAGCAGAAGAUUUUAAGAACUGGAAAAGUGUUCUACACACACUAGAGCAAAUUCAUGUGAAGCACUUUUUUAAGUCAGCUACUGUUCUGUUUAGUUUUAAUGUACAGGGUCAUCUCAGGGUCAGGUAGAUAAUCAGGCAAGUCACAAGUUCUUUUCGUAUCAGGUCGGCAUUCUUCAGACUUGAGACGGCCUCAACAGGAUUUUAAAGAGCUCCAAAGUGAGCGGAUGUACAGGUUUAAGGAUUGUGUAUUUUCCCAUCUAAGUAUAUAUAUAUAUUUUUUUUUUUAUUUUUUUUUUUUAUGAAAACCCUGUUUUCUGCUGUUCCUUGACCUGGAAAUACAAGUGCAUCCCAACAAAUGUAACAGGGUCACACAUUUAUAUUAUGGCUGUCAGUUUGAAGUAUUUCAGCUUCAUUUGUAGCAACCUGAGGACCGCUGUUGUGUUGUGGAUAGACUUGUUGGGCACUAUUUGAGUUUUGAAAGUCACCUUGGCUUAUAUAAAUUUUAUAAUUUGCAUGAAUUUAUCUUUUCACUAUGACAGUGACUAUAAUCAAUACAUGAAAAUGUGUUUUAUAAGAUAAAUUGUGAUUCCUAUAGGGAAAUUAGAUUAUUAAAUGCCUGGUCGAGAACUGCCUGCAAUGCCUUCACAGACCACCAGGGGGCAAUGAACCAGUAGUUGAAAACCCCUGCUGAAGGAACGUGAGCGGCCUUCACUGUUGCAGUAGGCCUUUUUCACAGCAGACAUUUUGACGUUAACUGCACAUUACUGAUGACUGCAUGCCAUCUAAUUGAGGUACAGUUCCAGGUCCUUGUGUUGAGCAUGCUGGCUUAUUGUCAUGGUUCACUCAGGAACCGUUAAAAAGAAGUCAAAAGGUCUUUUGUAAAAGGGACUUUGCCAACAAACAGUGUUGCUGAACGUUGUCAGAGUUGCUGAAUUAAUGUAAAACUGACUCAA